AUGACUCUUGGAGAAUAUGUGGCAAAAUUUGAGGAAUUAUCCAGAUAUUCUAAUUGUAUACAAAAUCAACCUAAUGAAGAAUGGCUGACAACUAAAUUUGAAUAUGGACUAAAACCUGAAAUAAAAAGUAUGAUAAUAGGACAUCAAAUCAGGAAUUGCUCAUCAUUAAUAAAUAGGUGCAAAGACAUUGAAGCAAGCAUGAAGGAAGCUGAGGAGGGAAGAGAAAAAGACAGAGUUUCAAGCCGGAGAAAGAACGAUGACAACAACAAAGGGAGAUUUUCACAGGCACAAAACUCAGGGAAUAACUUUGUUAACAACAGAGGAAGGAAGAAUAUAGGACAGAUGAAUUCUCAGAUUCAGGUAUGUCCAAAAUGCAAAAAGAAUCAUGCUGGAGAAUGCCUAGCAGGAAGAGGUGUAUGCUUUAAGUGUGGAAAGCCUGGACAUAUGCUGAGGCAGUGUCCUCAGAAUCAAGGUCAGAAUUUAUCAACUCAACCUGCAACCAGAGGAAGAGUUUUCACUCUUAGUGGUCAGGAAGCGGCUCAAACUUCAAAUUUGGUUCAAGGUACUGGUCUAAUACAAGAUUCUCUUAUAACUGUACUGUUUGAUUCUGGGGCUACUCAUUCUUUCAUAUCUUUAUCUUCUACUCAAAAGUUAAAGUUACCAAUAUCAAUUCUAUCCUCUUAUCUUGAAAUCUUUCUUCCUACUGGAGAGAAAAUUACCACAUUUAAAGUCUGUAAAAAUUGCUCCUUAUGCUCUUCUUUAUUCCUAGAAUAUAUUAAAAUAUCAUCUAUAAACACCACUACAAAUUGA